AUUGCCAGCUUUCUCUUGUGUGAAUUGGUGCAAUCAGGAAUACCUUCCCUAUCCAGAUACCCAAUAAUUGGUGCAAUCAGGAAUACACAAGUCCCUCCUUCGAAUUAUCAUCGUAAUCUUGAUUUGUGACCUAACCCUGUAGGAAAUCAAGCUUUUGCACGAAUCCCAUUCUUCAAUCCUUGCAAAUCUAAGAUGGAGGGCCUUUGAAUCGAGCUCCAAAAACCCUAGAGGUGUAAAUCAUAUAGAGAUCCUUCUAUUAAACUAGAGUAUCAGUUUGCUUUACCUAUAAAGCCAUUUAGGGACAGAGUAGUGCCUUUUCAUCUGUCUUAGAAUCCUCUGAUUAAGAAUAUUUGCGCUGAGGUCUUAAAUGGCUGACAAAGAAAUGGGGAAAUUUUUUGACACCACUGUGAACAAAGGAAAAGAGUGCACUUUGGCAGUUAGUUCAGCAGUUGGUUCUCUUGUGCAGUUCCAUCAGAAUCUUCAGAAUUGUUUAAAGGCACACCUGAGGAAAGUCGUGAAGAACAGACAGAAAUUUGAUGGUAGAAGUCCUCUGACGCUGGUGGACAGAGAAUCACCCAUUGCUUUGGACACCAACUUUCACAAGCAGCUAGACGCCUGGAAAGAAAACUCAUCCUGGGUUGAUCAGCCACCAGAGAUCAAGGUUUCUGUACCCAAAGGAUCUCUUUGCAAUUUGAAUGUGAAUUUCAAGGUUGGCUUACCCCCAGAUGCAAUAUAUAACAUUGUCACCGACCCAGAAAACAAAAGGGUGUUCAAGAACAUAAAGGAAGUAAUAUCCAGAAAGGUGUUAAUAGAUGAGGGCUUAAGGCAGGUCGUGGAGGUGGAGCAAGCAGCAAUAUGGAGGUUUCUUUGGUGGUCUGGAACUAUAUCGGUUCAUGUCAUAGUUGAUCAAAACCGGAAAGACCAUACGGUCAAAUUCCAGCAAGGGAAAUCAGGGUUUAUGAAAAGAUUCGAGGGUUGUUGGAAAGUAGAACCAUUAUUUGUCGAUGAACACUUGUGCCAACCUUUCAAGCCAAGAACAUGGGACAAUUACAAUACUUGCACGCAGGGCAAAGGAAGAGUUGGAUCCAUUGUGAGUUUAGACCAGCUGAUCCAGCCAUCUCUUGUCCCACCACCACCUAUUUCAUGGUAUCUGAGGGGAAUAACCACGAGAACCACGGAGAUGCUUAUAAGUGACCUUAUCGCUGAGGCUGCAAGGUUAAGGGGCGCAGUCGCUCGUGCAGAAGCGAGGAAGAAGGAGCUUGAAACAGAUGAACGUGAGAAUGCGCCGAACUCAUCCUAUGCUCCCGAUGAUAUAAAAAAGAGAUGGCAGCGAAGACGAGAUAGGCGACAUAACAAGAGAAUACGUUUGCCGGUGCAUUAAACUCUUGUAUGAUAGAUACUGAAAGAUCCUUCGAAUCGGAGAACAUGCAUUUGAUUGAA